AUGGCUAGAAAGUCAUUCCCCAUGAAACCUUUAGUGUCCUUCUUGUCUGAAAUCCCAUUUAGAUUGCCAAGGAACGUAGAUGUUUUCAGGUGGAAUAAUGUUUCCAUUAGUAAUGCUAUCCACGAUAGACCAGUGAAAUUUCAGAAAUAUAUCUCUCUUGUGCAGAGAUCAGGACAGCUUUCAAACCAAACAUUGGUUUUUCACCUGGAAGGAGCAUUGCUUAGAUCUUCUUCACUGUUUCCAUACUUUAUGCCAGUGGCCUUUGAAGCUGCAGGAGGGAUCUUUAGAUCUGUUCUGUUGUUUCUUCUGUACCCUUUAGUUUGGUUGGUUGGUAAGGAAAUGGGGCUUAAGAUCAUGGUUUUUGUAUGUUUUGUUGGGAUUAGGAAGGACAAGUUUAGAGUUGGGACUGCUGUUUUGCCUAGGUUCUUCCUAGAGGAUGUUGGGCGUGAAGGUUUCGAUAUCGUUAUGAGCUGUGGGAAAAAGAUAGCAGUGAGUGAUUUACCUACAGUUAUGGUUGAAGGGUUUUUAAAAGAUUAUUUAAGCAUUGAGGCUGUAGUGGGAAGAGAGUUAAAAGUGAUUAAUGGAUAUUUUGUUGGUCUAAUGGAGGAUAAAAAGGCUGGUGCUGUAGCUUUAAAUGAGCGUCUUGGGGAGAAAAUAAUGGGCUCUCAUGCUAUUGCUUUUGGUUCCUUCAGCUUCUUUCUGGAUGAACAACUCUUUACACAUUGCGAGGAGGUUUACUGGGUGACUGAUGCAGAAAAGAAGAAUUGGCAUGUCCUUCCAAGAAAGAGAUACCCAAAGCCAUUGAUCUUUCAGGAUGGAAGAUUGGCCUUCAGGCCAACCCCAUUAGCCACCCUAGCCAUGUUCAUGUGGAUUCCUCUUGGCUUUUUCCUCUUCAUCACCCGAUUAAUUGUUAGCCUAUUGCUGCCUUACAAGGUGGCUUUUCCUAUUUUGGCCUCAUCGGGGAUGAGAAGUGUAAUGUCAAUACCUGAGCCUUUGGCUACCUCAAACAAGAAACAAGAGAAACGAAGGGGCACGCUGUACGUAUGCAACCACAGAACGAUGAUUGAUCCACUUUAUGUUGCAGCAGCUCUCCUGAAACCGUCUCUCGCUGCAGCAACCCACAGAUUGGAUAAAUUCAACGCAGUGGUGGCACCGAUCAAGACCAUCUCAUUAAUAAGAGACCGAGAAAAAGACGCGAAAACGAUGGACAAGUUGUUGAGCCAAGGUGAUCUUGUUCUUUUCCCCGAAGGAACCACUUCCAGGGAGCCUUACCAACUAAGGUUUAGUCCGUUAUUUGCAGAAAUGAGUGAUGACAUAGUUCCUGUUGCGUUAGAUGUGCAGGUUAGCAUGUUUUAUGGAUCAACAGCCGUUGGACUGAAAUGUUUAGACUCGGUAUUUCAGUUAUUAAAUCCAUAUCCCACUUGCAAUGUCAAGAUUCUCGAAAAGGUUCCAAGUUCAGAAACGUAUAGACUUGGUGGAAAAUCAAGAUUUGAAGUAGCCAACUAUGUGCAGAAUGAGAUUGCCGAGUCUUUAGGGUUCGAGUGCACCAGUUUGACAAGGAAAGACAAAUACAAGAUCUUGGCAGGAAUGAGUCAGGGCGGUAAGAAGCGUAGCCCUCGUGCAAAGCUGCGAUUCCCGGCCAAAUUAUACUUUGGGAGGCGUACUUUUUUGAGGGCGGUCUCGACGAGUCAAAUUAUAUCUGGUGUUCAUAUUCCAUUAGGCCCAGUCAUUCCCAUGCGAAGCAAAGCCUUAAAAUAA